AAAUAGCUAAUUUGGUAACUCGUGUUUGUAUCCAAAUUGGGGCGUGGGUGAGCCUAUCCCAGUUGGCGAACUGGUUGUUCAUCAAUCACAGGGCACAUAUACCUUAUAUACAACCGUACCGUUCACACCCAGAGGUACAAUGUUGUUUUCAAUUAACCGAACAUGUUUUUUUAGAAUGGAAUCUAGCGUACCCAGAGAAACUCAAAGUCCACACUGGAAAGCCAGGGCUGAGAUUUGAACAUUAGAAUUUACAAUCUAAAUUUUAACGUUUUGAUCUGUUAAAUUGUAUGAAUGUAUUCCCAACAAGCUAUUCUCUUCAUUUUAAAGCGGUUCUCUUGGCUUCCGCUGCUUCUAGUAUGUGAAUAUAGAUGCUAGAUUGUUUAUUUAAAUUUUUUGGUCCUAUCAGAUUUCAGCUAUGUGUUGCCAUGUCCAUCUAAUCUGCCCGGUGCCUUCAGAAUAAGUAGUGCGAAUCGGUAAAGAUGAAAGCGCUUGAACGUGUUCUGUAGUAUUGCCAGUUUUUUUUCUAAUUACUGCGUGAUUGAGGUGGCAUCCAGAGGUGGAGUAAAGUCUGUAAAUCCCCACUGAAGGCUCAUAUUGAAGUCUGAGGAUAAAUGACGUUCACUUCUCUGAAUAAGUUGACAUCACGUGGCAGCGCGUUGCGAUUGGUGCUUGUCGUGCUGACCGGGGAGUCUGUGUGGAGACCGACGGAGCGCAUCAUCCGGCAUCAUCAUCCAGCAUCCACCUGCUCCCCUCUCGACAUGGACCAGUGUUGGGCCGCGACGUCAUCCGUCCCCGCCCUGCCUGCAGUGUCGCUGCCUGAACAGAUGAGGAUGGACUCGGUAACCGGCCUCGCCGUCGACCCUCGUCCCGUGCGGGGAAUCAAGAGGCUCCGAAUACCAAAUUGAGUGACAACCCCCACCCCCUCCCUCCCUCCCUCCAAAAACCUCCGGGGAGGGUGGAGGGAGGUACGCUCGAGAGGCGAGGGAGCGGCGGGCUGUGGAGCUCCGGUCGCGGGGUACCGAUGAUGACGAGCACCGCGGAUGAGCAUUAAGGAAAACAAACACCCAUAAAUAGAGCCCCGUUCGAGGAUUCGCCGUGGACGGGAGGCGGUGGGAUACCUUUUGGACCGCGAAUAAAAGAUGAGGGACCCGCUGAUGUUUAUGUGUGAGGAUCCACCUCCGUGACACAACAGGCCGCCGUGUCGUCUGCUCGUAGCCGCCGUUGGAGACGCUAUGCGCGGGCGAGCGUGUGAGAGAGACCCCCGCUCCGAGCGCUUCGCCACCACCAACACCAACACACGGCGUUUGUCUUUUCUCAACUAGCAGGCCUUCCUUUAAGUGGAACGAACCUGUGGACAACACGACGAGUGGUGCCGCGCGUGGGGGCUGAAUUAGGUGCACUAGAAAAAGGAUUUCAAGUGUCUCCCCCCCCCCCCAAACCCCCAAUCUCCCUCCAAACAUCCAACUUCCAUUUUCUAUUGUCCUCAUUAGGGUCGAAGGUGAGCUGGAGCCUCGCUGACUUUGGGCAAAAAAAACAGCAAAAGCAUAUGGACAAGUCUUAAGUGAGGUACUGUAUUUAUACAUAUAACAAUGUUGUUUUGGGAACUUGGGAUGAAGAUGGAGAAAAGCCACCCGAGCGCAGGGAGAGCACGCAAACUACGCUUUGGAAGGCCACAGCGCAGAUUCAAACCCGGAACCUCCGAGCUGUGAGGCAAACGUGCUCGUCCGCUCUUCUCUCUAAACAGCCGCCGGAAAGCAGCCAAAAUGUCCAAAGUGGUUACUAACAAGGAGAAGAAAUCCUUCAGCAAGAAGCUGUUCCGGAGGAGCUCGGUCCGCUCGGUGGGCAGCUUCAUGAACAGAGUUCUCCGGACUCUCUCCACUUUGUCCCAUUUCAGCACAGACGAGCAGGCGGCCCGUGACGACAAGGACGACGCCUCCUCCAUCCCCGCCACCACCGGGGGCUCGCUCCAGUCGGACGACAGCGACUGCGGGGGGUUCUCUUUCGGCGACAAGGUCCCGGGUGUGGCCGGGCUCAAGAACCACGGCAAUACCUGCUUCAUGAACGCCAUCCUGCAGUGCCUGAGCAACACAGAGCUCUUCGCCGAGUACCUGGCCCUGGAGCAGUUCCGGGGCCAAGGAGGCGGCGGUGGUGGAGGAUCUGAGGCCGGCAGCGGCGCUGAUACGAAGGCGAGUAAGUCCAACGGGGUCCUGGUGCAGAAGAAGUCCAGCCAGCAGCAGCAGCAGGAGGAAUCCGGCGAGGUGACGGAGCAGCUGUCCGGUCUGGUUCGAGCCUUGUGGACCUUCGAGUACACGCCCCAGCACAGCAGAGACUUCAAGAAUGUGGUGUCAAAAAGCGCCCUUCAGUUCAAGGGCAACUCCCAGCAUGACGCGCAAGAAUUCCUCCUGUGGCUGCUGGAUCGAGUGCACGAAGACCUCAACAACAUCAUCCAUCCUGACGUCAGGCCCCCAAGGACGCCUCCGGUAGAGAACGAAAACGCCCCUGAAGGAUCUCCGCUCCCAGCGCCCGGCUCUUUUGUGCAAGAGCUUUUCCAGGCACAGUACAGAUCCUCCCUGACUUGUCCUCACUGCCAGAAACAGAGCAACACCUUCGAUCCUUUCCUCUGCAUCUCACUGCCAAUCCCCGUACCUCACACGCGGCCCUUGUAUGUGACAGUAGUGUACCAGGGCAAGUGCUCCCAUUGUAUGCGGGUCGGGGUGGCCGUGCCUCUGUCCGGUACUGUAUCCAGGCUCAGACAAGCUGUGGCCCAGGAGACCAAAAUCCCUGCUCAACAGAUCGUCCUCACCGAGAUGUACUACGACGGCUUCCAUCGCUCCUUCUGUGACGACGACGACGACCUGGAGAUCAUUCAGGAGAGCGACUCCAUCUUUGCUUUCGAGACGCCCGAGCUCUUCAGGCCCGAUCAGAUCCGCUCCAAGCGAGGCGGGAGUCCACACGGCAAUCUCAACCAGAACAACUUGAAGUACAGCACGGAUAACAAUCGGUUAUCCCCACAAAUCCAGGAGCCUACGACUCCGCCUCUCAGCCCCAAUAAGAACACGGGGCAGGACGAGAAGGUGGUGCUGUUGGUGUGCAACCGAGCCUGCGCCGGCCAGCAAGGACGCAGGUUUGGCAAUCCUUUCAUCCUCUACCUGGAGCGUACAGUCACAUGGGAUGUUCUCCAGAAGGAAAUUUUGGAGAAGAUGCGUCAUCUUUUGCGCCCUGGAGCCGUCGUGCAGGUUGGGCCCUUCACGUUACGCGUGGUAGGCGUGGUCGGGAUCACGUAUCUCCUGCCUCAGGAAGAGCAACCACUCUGUCAUCCUUCCGUGGAGAGAGCAUAUAAAUCUUGCGGUCCUGGUGGGCCGCCUCAUGUCAAAAUUGUUGUGGAAUGGGACAAGGAGACCAAAGACUAUCUGUUUAAACGAACAGAGGACGAAUACAUCCCCGAUGCUGAAAGUGUACGUCAUGCGAAGGAGCAGCACCUCCAGCCUCAGAGCUGCUCACUCGCUCAGUGCUUUCAACUCUACACCAAAGAGGAACAGCUGGCUCCUGAUGACGCCUGGCGAUGUCCACACUGUAAGCAGCUUCAGCAGGGCAGCAUCAAGCUCAGUUUGUGGACACUGCCUGACAUCCUCAUUCUUCACCUCAAGCGCUUUCGACAGGAUGGGGAUCGGCGCAUGAAAAUGCAGAACAUGGUCAAGUUCCCGCUGACCGGCAUGGAUAUGGCACCACACAUGGUGAAGCGGAGCCAGAGCAGCUGGAGUCUCCCCUCGCACUGGUCGCCAUGGAGACGGCCUUACGGGCUGGGUCGGGAUCCCGAGGAUUACCUUUACGACCUGUACGCCGUGUGCAACCAUCACGGGACGAUGCAGGGAGGACAUUACACAGCUCAGUGUAAGAACUCCAUUGACGGACAGUGGUAUUGCUUUGAUGAUAGCGACGUUCAUCCAAUAUCAGAAGAGGACGUCUGCAAGCAGACGGCUUACAUCUUGUUUUACCAGAGACGUGCCACCAUUCCGUCUUGGUCUGCCAACAGUUCUGUGGGAGGAUCUACAAGUUCUUCCCUGUGUGAGCAUUGGAUCAGUCGUCUGAUAGGAAGCCGUCCACCGAGCCAAGCCUCAUCCGGUUCCUCCAGACGAACAUCACUGGCCUCCCUCUCAGAGUCGGCCGAGUUUGCCGGCGAACGGAGCGAGGAUGACGGCUUAUCGAGCCGGCCCGUGGUGAGAGCCAUGCAAAGGCAGACAUUCUCCUCGAGAGCGUCCAUCGCUAGUCCACUAGUGCUGAGUGAGAAUGGCCAGAAGCCUUCUUGGUCCCACUCUGCCAAGCUGCAACUCCGUUCUAACUCUCCCUCGCGCUUCUCCCUGGAAUCUCACUCCUCUUCCCCGACACUUGAAAUAAUAGGGGAAGUGGUUGAUACCAAUCUGUCAACGUCCUGCUUCAACAGGUCACCUAAACUUGGAGCUAAAUCCGCCCUCGCAGCAUUGGAUCAUAAUCCCGGCAGUAAAAGGCUGAUAGAGCAGCUUCACCCCAAACCUGCAUCACAGACCGAGCCGAGGAGUUCCGUGCAGGCUGGGGAUAACAUCAAUCUCGUCAGUGGUGCUGAACAAAUAAGUCCUCGCCAUGGGACGACUGCAAAGGAGCAGAAGCAAAGAAAUGUGGCUGCAGACAGUACAGGUGGCAAACGGACCUCAACAAAGACCGGGGUGGAGAGCGAGAGGAGCCCGAAGAAGCGUCCCGCCGCCUCCUCAACGUCAUCCAGCUCUUUGUCGCCUGCGUCCCCGGCUGUUGUCAAGUCACCAGCUCGAGCGCAGGCUAAAGGUGCUGCUACCAAUCCAAAGGACAAGAGCGACGGACCACCCAAAGCCAGUAAGGCUGGGUCCUCCAGAACGGCGACACCUUCCAAAAAAGGCUCAUCCCAAACUCAAGAUGGAUUACAUCCUGACUCUGCCCAACAGAGGAAGAGCGGCUCUCCGGGAAGUUCGUACCCUCAGAGAAGGACGGCGGCCAAAGGUGGCGCCGAUAAAAGCUCGGCCUCGGGAAGGACUAAAGGAGCAGACAGGAGCGCCAGCCGGGAUUCUUCACGGACCAACGUGGUGUCAGAGAAGAAGGUUAACAGCGGAGGUCCUCCGUCCAGGUUCAGUGCUGGCAGUAGAGCGGAGGGCAGGCCCGGUCGAGCCUUGGAGAACAGGACGGUCGCGCGAAGCUCAAGCAGUAGCUCCUCUAUGACCAGUCUGCGAUCCUCGAGUGUGGUACCUCCGUCGGUCGCCCUGUCAAAACCCCCCCGAAGGAACAGUAAGACCGAGGACAAAGCUUUGUCCUUCUUCAAAACUGCCCUGAGGCCCAAAGACACCCGCAAGUCGACGGAUGGCGGGAAAGCGGGGACAACGGACCCCAAAGGAAGUCUGGAAGAUGGUGGAGAUGCGGCGAGAGAGGGCUCCAGCAAGAAAGCCCAGAACGCGGCUUCAGAAUCCACUGCGGCGAAGGACAAGGAAUCCUCCAAAGGUUCCGCUGCAGCCAAACAUUCACUGCUGCCCUCCACUAAAUCCAAACUUGCAGAAUCGACCAACCAGGCUUCUUCUGCGAAAGAACCUUCAAAGAAAGAAGCUGUCAAAAAGACCAUGCCGUCCAGGAAAAUCCCCAUCAACUCCACACAAUCAAGCCAGAGGUCCAAAUGAAGUCUGAUGAUCACCUCGCUCUUCUUUCAAGUGCAGCUCCAAACACUGAAAUGAGACACCUUCAGCCUUUCAGUGGUUACUGGUUUCCAGCUGCCAUUCUGGACACUUUGUUCUAUAGUUAUUUAGGAAUGGGUUUUACCAAAGCACUUUGUAUUGAUUGUGAUGAUUUCCAGGAAAUACUAUUACUGUAUCGUAAAUAAGCAUGGGUUGCUCAUUUAUUGGAAUGAUUGCCUUGUUGUGUCCGUAGCCUAGCUGAGAGGAAUCUGUCUUUGAAGCCUCGUUUCCACCAAGCGGCAGAGUCCCGAUCGGUUUGGUUCGGUAUGAUUUUAAUGCGUUUUCAUUCGGGAGGGACUCAAUUUCCUUAAUUGUCUAUGGAGGAAAUGAACAAUCAAGUCAUUUUUUUUUUCUUAAAGCAAACGGGCUCUCGCGAUGCCUCGGACUCGUGUUAAUGUCAGUGUAAUGUUGAACAGAAUAAUGCGAACCCUAGUUGUGGUCUGCGUGGAUGUAGCUCAACUUCUUUUGGCAGCAAAGAUGAGACUGCAGCAGUAGGGCACGCCAUUUUGCGCAGAUUCAAUUAAUUCAACAAUUGAUUGUUAUGCCAAUCUAGUUGUUCUACGGGACCCGAGAUAUCGACUGGAGCUAGCCCACUUUUCGAUACGUCAUCGGGUUGUCAGCCGCGGUAAUCGUUACAUUUAGGGUGGGUCGACCUACUGUAGCUGCGCUUCUGUCCAUUGAUCGGUCAACACACAAUUGGUGGAAGCGUGGCUCAGGAGGGAAAAAGUGCAGGUGAACAAUACUCGGGAGUGUUGAAAAUAGACUACCGAGUCAUUUUUCCCCCCCCCCUAAACCCCUAAAUUAUUUCCUGAAACCUUUAGCUCUCCUUCAUUAUGGAGAGACAAGUGUCAACAUCAGUGCCUCAGAUAAUCAUAGUAUAUAAUCUAAAUUGUAUGACUGCAGGUGUUGGUAAAUUUCUAAAUAAAAUGUAAUAUUUAUUAAGCACUGAAUAUGUAAUUUCAAGUAACAUACACCUAUGUAACCUUAAUCGCUGUUUACAUACACUUGAUGUAGUUAUCGUGCAACAGCCUUCAAGGAGAAUUUUCGAAGAGGACAAGGAGACGGCGCGGGCGAAAGAAGCAUGUGUCAGUGGUUUUAUUCAUCUGGAGAUCAUGGUUCUUAAAUAUAUGUGUUUAUUUACCUGUAGUAACCCAUCAAGCCCUCGGGCAACCUCCCAACUGGCACCAGGUCCGAUGCCAACAUUUGCUUUUGGCGCCCACCCGAGGCCUCAGGGCUUUCUGACUGCCACACUGUCUCGGAACAUUCCUCUCAAAAGAACACAGGGUGUACAAAAGCCAUACACACACACACACCGCACAUGAACACACACACGUCCGGCCCCAACCAUUCAGUCCACUUGCACAAUGUGAUGAGAUCCAAUUCGGUUUUUGCAAAGAUAAUACUGCUAAUAAAUACUCGAUCAACUGCUCUGUACAGGGGCGGAUCUAUUCUAGUGGCUCACAGGGCCACAAACCACUCCAAAAUCUUGAAAAGUUCUCAACUAUUUGCCGUAAAACCCUUAGCAGAAAGCUAACAAUGACUAUAAAAUUGCCAGAUGGGGCUUGUUUAAUAAAUCAAAGUUUCCGAAUGUGAAAGUGCAUCCUUAUAAUUUAUCUGUAUGCGGCCCUCAGGGGAAAGUGUUUGGACACUCCUGGUUCAACCUUAAAUGUACCAUAAACUAUGAUCCAAAACAGCGUAGAAAUAAAAUAGAAUUUCAAACGUAUUUAUCUUACAUUUGUCUUGAAAAUAACAAUCUCCCCUGACAACCCAGGCUAAAUGUAGCUCCUCCCCGAAAUAAAUAGCUCGGUUGAACUGCAUCACUUCAACGUACUUCCUUGACAUUGAUGUUCUACUUUCCUAGUAGACAGUACUUUGACAUCUUAGAGCGUUUCAGAAAACGCGCAAAAACCACAGGGAUCGGUUCCUCAGAAAAAAACAAAAACAAAUUUGUGAAUAGUGAACCGUAAAUAUGCGAGGGAUUAUUGUUUACAUAUUAGCGCUCUCCUACAACCAUAAUAAUAAACGUAUUGUUAAACAAAUACCUCCCUGAGUAUUUUUUUUUGCAUUGAAUGUCAUUAGAUUGUGCAAGUGUACUUAAUAAAGUGAGUGUACAUGUACAUAGCGAGUUUGAGGCGACUAAUCAUCACCGCUUUCUGCACACACUCACACAGACACACACAGAUCACGAGUUCAUGUGAAAAUUGUUGCAUGAUGAUUUGCUUCUGCAUGCACUCAACUAUGCAAGCAACCUCUUGCUCAUGGCCACCGCUGAGUAUGUUGACGUACAGCUCUUGGAUGUGUACAUAGUAUUUCGUAGUGUUCUAUUUUUCCAAAAAAAUGCCAGCAUCAGAGAGCAUGUGAAGGCAUUCUUUAGCGACGCUUUGUUUGCACAACUCUACAUUUUGUAUGAAUGUUACCAACUGCUCAUUUAACCUGAAAAGUAAACCGACUCACUUGAAAACCAA